UCAGGCAUUGAGAGCACCUCGGGAAAACCCAGGAUGGCUGCCAAGCGGAAGGGUGGCCUCAAACUGAACGCUAUCUGCGCCAAGCUCAGUCGGCAGGUGGUCUACGACAGUGCGGCGGAGCAGGCCGAGCCCGACCACAAACUACAGGAGAGUUACCAGGCCGACGGACUGCCGCACAGCAAGCAGGAAGGGGAGGCUGAGCGGCCCGACGGACCGCACCGCAUCCAGAAGCUGGAGGAGGACAAGAAGAGGCGGGAGGCGAUAGAGAAGUGGGUGAACGGGGAGUACACGGACGAGCACGGCGACCGCGGCGAGGAACGGCUAAUAAAGACAGGCGAUGGGAACUUCCUGCCCUCUGAAGGGGUGUACAUGCUUCAGCCCAAAGGUUGCAGUGAAGAGGAGGACAAUGACGGGGCUCAGGAAUCUCUCGACGGCAGCUACAUGGACGAUCGAGAUUCAGAGGACGUGGGACCGAAAGAAGAAGGCUACAAUUCUUCCAGUGAGGCCAGCAUAAGGCAACACAGCAUUGCUUCUUCAGGGGAAACAUCGACUCUCCACGACUAUGCAGCAUCGACGAUGAAUGAAUUCCUGGGAAUGUUCGGCUACGAUGACCAGAACGUCAGGGAUGAGCUGGCGAAGAAGAUCAGCUUCGACAAGUUGAACGCCGCUACCUCAGAGACCUACCCUGGGGCUUCUCUGGGCGAGGAUGUGCUGGCAAGGAGGGUUCAUAACUCCAAGUACGAGGAGUGCAUUCGGAAACUCAAGGCGGGGGAGCAGCUGCCCCGGCCGCUUCCCUCCGCCAAAGUCGAGGACACAGGCUCCAGAGCCCCACAGGGAAAAGAAGCCCUCCCACCGAGCGGCCAAGAGACUUCCCUCCGCCGUGAUGCCAAGCCAACACCUGCUCCCGGCCUGCCCGGCGUUCUGGCCCAAUCCCAAGGCCUUGCCCCUCGGGCGUCCAAGUAUGACUAUUUCAUCCAGAAGCUGAAGACAGGCGAGAGCAUCCGGCCCCAAAAUGGCAACACCUACAAGAGGCCGUCCAAGUACGACCUGGAGAACGUCAAGUACCUGCAUCUCUUCAGGCCGGGUGAGGGAGACCCCGACAUGGGCGGCGCCAUCGCCUUCAAGACUGGGAAGGUGGGACGCCCCUCCAAGUAUGACGUCAAGAACAUCCAGAAGCUAGCCAUGGUGAAGGCCCCGACGAACACAGCAGCUGCCCCGCUCUCUGGAUCCUCCUGUGCUCCAGGGACUGGCUCCGAUUCGCCCGCUGCAGUCGGCUUCGGAGGUCCCGACCUCCUGAAGUCCAGCUUCUCCAGGACUGACUCCAUCACAACUGGAACCGUCUCCACCGUCAACCAUCCCGAGCCAGGGAGUCCGAACGUGACAUUCUACAGCAGAUUGGGAGAAACCAGUGCAUUCGUCAGCAAGGACAGUAAACAAAGCCGACUUUCCAAAGGGGACCCGUUGGUGGAUGACUCUGUUGGAAGGCUGCCGAGUUCGAAUGUGUCUGCAGUAAAUCGGAAUGGAUUGUCCUCAGACAAGCCAGGUGCUCUCCCUGACGAUGUAAAUAUUUACCAGAAGUACAUUGCCAGUAAUCUACCUUCUGAAGGCCCCAAAUCACCCCAUCAUCUACUCAGAGAUUGCUGGUUUUCCGGGAGUCAGCAGUGCGGGCACAUUCACUGCGCCUAUCAGUAUCGGGAGCACUACCACUGUCUGGAUCCCGAGUGCAACUACCAGAGAUUUACCAGUAAACAGGACGUGAUUCGACACUACAACAUGCACAAGAAGAGGGAUAACUCCCUGCAGCAUGGCUUCAUGCGGUUCAGCCCCCUGGACGACUGCAGUGUUUACUACCACGGCUGCCACCUGAAUGGCAAGAGCACACACUACCACUGCAUGCAGGUGGGCUGCACGAAGGUGUACACCAGUACCUCUGACGUCAUGACACAUGAAAACUUCCACAAGAAAAACGCACAGCUGAUCAACGACGGCUUCCAGCGUUUCCGUGCGACUGAAGACUGUGGGACUUUAGGGUGUCAGUUCUAUGGACAGAAAACCACCCACUUCCACUGCAGGCGCGCCGGCUGCACGUUCACCUUCAAGAACAAGUGCGACAUCGAGAAGCACAAGAGUUACCACAUCAAGGAUGAUGCCUACGCCAAAGACGGCUUCAAGAAGUUCUACAAGUACGAGGAGUGCAAGUACGAGGGCUGCGUGUACAGCAAGGCCACCAACCACUUCCACUGCAUCCGCCUGGGCUGCGGCUUCACCUUCACCUCCACCAGCCAGAUGACGUCGCACAAACGGAAGCACGAGCGGCGCCACAUCCGCAGCGCCGGCGGGCUGGGCCUGGCCUCCCAGCUGCUGGGCCGCAAGGACAACGAGCAGGACGACUCCAGCAACGACGACCUCAUCGACUACUCGGCCAUCAGCAGCAAGAACUCGAGCCUCAGCGCCUCUCCCACCAGCCAGCAGUCCUCGGUGCCCAUGAUGCUGCCCACCCCCGCCAGCGAGAUCUCCACCACCCAGGCCGUCAAGCCCAGCAGCGGCGUGAUGCCCGUCACCAAGAUGUCCACUCUGCUCUCUCAGACACUCCCCAGCUCCAUCCCGGUGGCGCUGGCCCUCUCCAACGCCGGGAUGUCUGCCACCGGGCCCUUCUUCCCGAUGAUCCCCAACAGAGUGUCCAUGGCCUUGCCGGUGUCAGCGGCCAGCCUGAUAUCCGCCAUCUCCUCUGGCAUCUCCACCCUGCCCACGGAGUCUCCCUCGCAGGCCGUCUCAGCCUCGGGCAGCUCGGCCGCCAUGGCGCCAGCCGCCGCUUCCAUCAUGGAGAAGAUGACGGCGAGCAAGGGCCUCAUCUCCCCCAUGAUGGCACGUCUUGCUGCCGCUGCCCUCAAACCUUCCACUCCAGCAGAGGCAGGGAAUGGACAGCAAACGCAGGCAAACCAGUUCAGUCUGGUUGAGCUGAAGCAGGAGACAAGUGACGCAGUCAAGACACAGACCCCGGACUCGUUACAGGACCAGAGUCUGGAUCUCAGCCUGAAGGACCAUGGGAGUGAGUCCAAUGGUCACAUGGAGUCUGGGAACACAUCCCUCUUAUCCUCAUUUCUCAAUAAGGUAUCCCAGGGCAACAGCGGACUGGGUAGUUUGCUGAACCUCAAGACGGAGCCAGAUUGUGGGCAGUCCGAUGAAGACCAGGCUUCCUACAUGAGUAAAGCGAUGGUUCAGCAGAGGCCGGAGAAACGCACGGAACUCUGGGAAAAAUACCUGCGCAGGUUUACCACGGAGGACUACUGUGAGACCCAGUGCGAUUUCCUGCACAAGGUCCACUUCCAUUGUGUGGUGGAGGACUGUGGCGCCCUAUUCAGCACCCUGGAUGGGGCCAUCAAACAUGCCAAUUUCCAUUUCCGAGCUGAUGGCGGGGUGGUAAAGGUGAAGUCGGAACCUUGCUUCUCCGGCCCAAUUCCAGUGGAGAACAGAGCCCCCGGCACCUCGGCAUUCCCUUCCAUCACCAUGGUCACGGCUACAGCUGUGCAGGUCUCCCCAGCAAGCCCCACGGUUGUCACCUCCGCCCCAACACUCUUCACCUGGAAACAGCUGGCGGCUUCCAUCCCACAGCUCCCCGUCUCCACGCUGGCGACGUCUUCCCUGGCAACCACGUCCCUGGAGAAUGCAAAGCCUCAGGUCAAACCAGGAUUCCUGCAGUUUCAGGAAAAUGAUCCUUGCCUGGCGACUGAUUGUAAAUACUCGAACAAGUUCCACUUCCACUGUCUGUUUGGAAACUGCAAGUAUGUCUGUAAAACGUCUGGGAAAGCUGAAUCACACUGUCUAGACCACAUCAAUCCCAACAACAACCUGGUCAACGUACGAGACCAGUUCUCCUACUACUCUCUGCAGUGUCUCUGUCCAAAUCAGCAAUGUGAGUUCCGUAUGAGAGGACAUUAUCACUGUCUACGGCCUUUCUGCAACUUUGUGACUAACAUCACAACAAAGCUCCCCUGGCACAUCAAAAAGCACGAAAAGGCAGAGAGACGAGCUGCCAAUGGGUUCAAGUACUUCACCAAGCGGGAAGAGUGCGGCAGGCUGGGCUGCAAGUACAACCAGGUAAACAGUCACUUUCACUGCAUCCGUGAUGGCUGCCUGUUCUCCUUCCUUCUUAAGCACCAGAUGACAUCCCACUCUCGCAAGCACAUGAGGAGGAUGCUGGGCAAAAACUUCGACAAGAUCCACAACCAGGGGCCCAGGAGUGAUGAUGUCACCGGGAACAUGGCUGCCACCAGUGGCUCUUCAGCUGUGACAUCAACAUCUAACAUGAUGGACAUGGAAACAGAUGAGUGCAUGGACUACGCCACGGCCACCAGCCCAGCUGGCCUGUCCUCUGAGUCUUCGGUUCCAGACCGUAGCUGCACCAGCACGCCAGUCGGAAACGAAAGCAGCACGGCAGGGAACACAAUUUCUCUCCCGACCGCCUCUGGUGCGAAGAAGAGGUUCUGGAUCAUCGAAGACAUGUCCCCGUUUGGAAAGCGGCGAAAGACGGCCUCCUCUCGGAAGAUGCUGGACGAAGGGAUGAUGCUGGAGGGCUUCAAGCGAUACGACCUCUACGAGGACUGCAAGGACGCGUCCUGCCAGUUCUCGCUGAAGGUCACCCACUACCACUGCACCCGGGAGAACUGCGGCUACAAGUUCUGCGGCCGCACCCACAUGUACAAGCACGCCCAGCACCACGACCGCGUGGACAACCUGGUCCUGGACGACUUCAAGCGCUUCAAGUCCUCCCUGCGCUGCAACUUCGCGGACUGCCAGUUUUCGGGGAACAGCACCCACUUCCACUGUCUGCGCUGCGGAUUCCGCUGCACCGACAGCACCAAGGUGACGGCCCACCGCAAGCACCACGGCAAGCAGGACGUGAUCAGCGCCGCCGGCUUCUGCCAGUUCAGCUCCAGCGUGGACUGCGAGGUGGCCGACUGCAAGUACAAGCUCAAGUGCUCGCACUUCCACUGCACCUACCCUGACUGCAAACACACGGUGGUGGGCAUGUCCCAGAUGGACUCCCACAAGCGCAAACACGAGAAGCAGGAGCGCGGGGAGGCGGCGUCCGCCUCGCCUACCCGUGAGGUGAUGCACGGCGCCCUGGAGUACGAUUCGCAGGCGUCCUCCCUCAACCUGGACGGCUCCCUCAACCUGGGCACCGGCGUGGACGGCCCGCUGUUCUUCCUGAAGAACCCGGCCGGCGUCGGCCUCAGCGACUCGCUCGACCUGAGCUCCAGGCCCCAGGAGGCGGCGGCGUCGGCGUCGGCGGCGGCCCGUUUUGGCGCCAACGCCGCCGCCCAGGAGGACGUCGCCGCCACGUCGGGCGACGCCGAAGACGACAACGACAUGACGCAGGACGACGAGGAGCCGAACGACGACGAAGACGAAGACGACGACGACCUCAACACGGACUCCGACAGUAGCCAUGAUGGCACCGUGCCCGAGCACAUGGACAUGCUGGAGAAGGACGAAGCAGUGGGGGUGUAGCUGGCAGAUCCACCUCCCCUCCUCCCCCUUACAAAGAAUCUGUCCUCUAUUCACUUAUCUGGGAUGACAAAUUCCCUCCAUUUUAAAAAAAAGAAAUAUUGUAGUAGAACUAAGAACCAAACCUCCACAGGCGUCGCAGUGUGAGGGGACCUGGGCAGCCUUUCCACCCCAUCAGGAUCAAAUGGAGAGCCUCUAGACUCCUCCAUCCUCAAACAAUGCUUCCAGACCAGCUGACGACAACAGGACAGUGCCCACAACAAAUAAAUAAAAAAGAAUCAUGGAUUACCGAUGAACAAAACAAUUGGCUUCAGAUGGUACGUGCAGUAGGAAGAACUUGCUCCCUAAAAGAUGUUUACAACCUGACCAACAUGAUUAAACCCUUUUAAUAUGCAGGAAAAAAAUGAAAAUCUAUAAUCCAACGUUCUGGAGUUGGACACCAUGUAAUAUUUGGGUAUUACCUUUGCUACCGAAAACUCCUUGGUUGCGUGUGUGCAUGUCUGCUAGAUUCUAUUGUUUUAAUUUUUUGGAAUUUAAAGAAAAACAAAGUAUAUGAAACCGAAAUUCAUAAGCAGUUUUGAGCUGCAGUGUACAUUAUGGUAUGGCAGAGUGUGCAAGUGAAGAAUUUACAAAGGCAGUUUUAAAUGGCCGUUUUCUGUAGUCAGUCCCACCGUCACCUCCAAUGGGCGAUGAGAAGCCUUCAAGGUUAAGACACAUUAAACGCCUUCUUGCUAAAUUCUGAAGCACUGAGUGUGGAUGAACAAAAGUUCAUUGUGAAACACAUAAUACUUGUGCUCAGACUGUGAAGUUUCAUUUCUGCUCUUCCAUUAAUUUAUUUUUACGUUGAAGAUUUUUUCUCUCUCACUUACCCUGGAGUUUGCUUUCUUUUUAUCCCAGAUCACGUCCUAUUACAGGUCUUUCCAUUCCAAACCUCUCAGCCUCUUGGCGCUGUUCCAGAAUGAUUUUUUCCGCAAUUGUAAAGAAGCCAUAUGGCAUCUGGAAGCUUCUACAAGUUUUUGUUUGUUUUGUAGAUAGAAUGAGAACAUUUCAAACAAAAUUAUUUUUAUAUAUUUAAAGCAGAAAUCAAUUUGAAUGUUGUAGAUACUUUGAGGCCCAACAUGGUCACAUUGUUUGCAAAUCAUUUGCCACCACAAUGAAUCUAACUCUUUGAGGCUUAAAGCUGUGGUUCUUCUAUUUAAAGGGGUCUCUGUGUUUCUGUGUAUGAGUUUCUGAUCAAAAGCUGUCUCUCCUCUGUGUUUUUAAGAUUAUUUGAAAACAGGGCCAUUAGAUCUUUAAAGCUGAGUAUGAUAUAUAUAAAUUUGCAAAUUUAAAAGAAGCAACAGGAAUCAGGUAACUAUGUACAACACAUAUUUGCUAAUUUUUCAGUCCAAACAUAAUACCCAAGGAGAACAUAUUAGAACAGAGCAAACCCAUUUCACUGUCCCUUUCCUGCCUGACAACUUCAUUGGUCAUAAGAGAAAGUGUGUCCUAUCAAAUUUAGCGAUCUGAAAUAAAAAGAGAAAACAUUGGAAAAAUUUACCAGGUCGGGCAGCAACUGUGGAAGGAGAAACAGUUUCUCCUUCCACAGAUGCUGCCUAACCUCAUAAGAUUUUUUCAGUGUUCUCUGUUUUAUUAGAAACAGGUGUGAUCUGCUUCCCCACGGUAAUUAUGCCACAGUCCUGCCGACAUUCCCUGUCCCAUGCUGAGAUGAUAGGGGAGUUUGUUUCUAUUAUAGCAGCCGGUUCAAGGACACCCUUGCCUGGGGCGGCUGCUCCUGAAGAUGUAACCAAGUCUUUUCAGGUUUUUUUUUGUUUUUCCCCACCCCCAGCCGUCUUGAUUUCUGCCUACACUAGUUUUGCUAACUGUAUAGAUUUGCAGUCCACACACAACACACACUUCAGCAGCAGAUUAAUGAUGUCUAUUUUCACCUUUCCCUGAAAACUCAGCCUCUUAAUUGCUCUUCUAAAGUUGUCGGUUUAACACCUCAUUAGUCACUAACUAGUAGAGUUUAGCUGGUGCAAGUCUCUUUAAAGUGGUCCUGUUAUUGUAAAUAGAUUAGCUUUAGUGUGUAGUCCUUGUUAUAGAAGACCCUGGAUAAGACCAAUUAUAAACUUUCCACGUGGUGCAUCCACAGAUAAAAUGGACAAAUUAUUCCAAAAUGAUAAAGCUUUGGGGAGCGUCCUACUGGUCAGAGCACCCCAACAUGCUUUGACUCACCACACUUCAUCUUGAGAUAUCAAAUGAAGCAGAGGAAGAUAUUGUAUCGACUAGCACCCUAAAUUAACGGGGAGACCUCAGCCUUCAACCUCAAAAACACAUCAACUUAUUGCCUCCUGUAGUAGGGGAAGAAUUGCUCUGAUGCUCAUUGUAAAAAGACAUCACAUUGCUGGCCCAAAGUUUCAGGUUUAAAUGGAGGGCUGGUAUCUCUGGGGAGGAGAGUCCCAAACCGUAGGCCCAGAGAAUGCACAAGAUCCCUUGAAGAUCUGCCAUUGACUCCUUCCCCUCCUCACCUCUUCCCCAACACCAUUCAAAGGCAAUGCACAUGCUUCUAAAUGGGUGCUGACAACACCAGCCCAAUCUCCCGGAUUAUCCCUCAAUCCCUCAAAUUGAACAAUGGGGGAAAACCAAAGGCCCCUUGUCUUUCUCCUGUCACCAAGUGCACAGGCUCGGUAGCAAUUUUACCCCCAGUUCCCAGUCAGCAGCACAGGGUGAGCAGGGCUGUUUGCCCCCUUGUGCUGUAGCCAACAUCCUCGGAACAUUUACCUCAGCCUCUCUGCUCACUUGCCACCUCCACACACGACUAUUCCCAAUGGUGUUAGCUGGUCUCCAAUAUUGCACUCCACAAACUCCAGCCCAUUCAAUACAGCCUGGAACAACAACCAAUCAGUUGGAGGAACUCAGCAGGUCGAGCAGCAUCUUUCCCCUCACAGAUUCCAACAUCUGCAGUCUCUUGUGUCUCCAGCCUGGAACUAAUCACUCAGAGUCCUAUUCCCCCAUCAUAUCACACUGUCCUCCAUGACUGACAUUGGUUCUCCAAUAAACCCUACCCCAACCUUUGAAAUUUAAUUUUGCUUCAUAGCAAUGUCUCUCCAUUAACUCAGUAUCCUCACCAUACUACCGUCCACCCCAGGAGACCCCAGUCCUCAGAGUUUAGCUCCACCACUCUGCCAGUUCGAGAAGGGAGACUCUGCCUCCCAAACAGCAAGACUGUAAAACUCCCCGCCAUCACGCUCACAUAUCCCACCCCACCCAAGAGCCAUUGGGACUGAAGGUGGUGUACCACAGGCACAGAAUCAGGAAUGGAGGAAGCCUUGCUGAGCUGUGGCCCGACCGCAAUGCAGAUGAGAUGUGGAGUAAUCUGGUGCUGGACCGUCAAAUUUGACUGAAACAUCAUUAUGACGGCAAAAUAUAUCAAAUCACUGUGAACUAUUGUAGAAAGUGUAACAAUUUUAAAAUUGAGAAUAUACGUAUACAAAAUUACAAAUAGUAAAAGAAAAGGGAACUGUGUGGAUGGAGAUGGUGGCAUUCAUAAAGAAUGAGGUAAUUAGUAUUUUUUCCCUGCAAAGCUUAUGUACAGAACAAAAGCAUUCUUAAUAUGGUCCUACAUCUAAGAAGCUAUUUUCCUCUUUGACCUUCUGAAGAUUCUUUUCCUUAAAAAUAUUAAAAAGUAACGCUUUCACUUAAAGCAGAUUUUUAUUAGCAGGUCAGUAGUGAAACCUGACAGAUGUUUAACAGUGACACUGCUCUGCCAUAGUUACACAUCAUGAGAAUACUUGGGCUCCUAUGGAAUGAAAUAAUGGCUCUUAAUAGAGCAGUGUCUGAUCCUUAUGGUACAUGUUUCUGCAGUUCUUUGAGUGAAGCACUACAGGCAGGUGAUGAAAGUAAUGAGUGUGUUAACCUGCUUUGUGUUUUUUUGUAACAUAUAUAAGUUUGCACUAAUUCUGUUUUAUAUUAGAAACAGUUGUGAACCCUACCAAUUAACAUGAAAUGAGGACUCUAUAUAAUUGCCAUUCUUAAAGUAACAGUAGCCCCUUUUCUGGCAGGGUAGAAGUUCCUUGCUAUGUAUCUGAACUUCUAUGAUUACUUAAUAACAAUCCCUGCAAGUAACAUACUUGAGAGGAAGUAUUAUGGCAGGCUGUGUUGGAACAGCUCACUUUCCAAAUCAACCACAGCACACCAGACCUAUGGGGUGGUCAGUGUCAAAUACAAUCCUCCCAAGUACUCAAUGGAAAGGGGCUACUGUGGCUUUAAGGAGGACACACAUAACACAGGGCACAACUGUAACCAACAUUAACCCUUUGAGGAGUAAUCCUUUCCGCACUAAAUUGUGAAGUAAAGUGAGGUUACUGUGUUCCAUUCUAGUCAGUGAUGGAGAUUGUGUCUGUGUGUGCACUUGUAAAAGCAUGCAUGUAGUGUCUGUGUGCAUGUGCAAGUGAUUGUGUUUACCUGUGUGUCUGUACUUGGCAUGAGUGAGCAAGUCUUAGUAUGUGUGCCCAUGAGAGAGAGCACGAGUCUCAGUACAUGUGUAUUUAUCUGUGUGUGUUUGCAGGUGCAUGUAUACAUGAGCAUUUGUGUGCAAGUGAGCAAGUUUCAGUGUGAGUGUUUGUGCGCGAGUGAGCAAGUCUCAGUGUGAGACAGAGGGAGAGACUCUGAGCCCUGUGCUUUUUACUCAUGGUGUUUUGUAAGAUCCAGCAUUCUGUAUGAUUUAUUUCAUUCAACAGGAAAUAAAAUUAAAUCAAAACAACUGUUUGAGGAAUUCCCACCCACACACACAAAACAAAUCCACCGAUCCUCAAAGGGUUAAAGCCACGAAAAUAAUAAUAUGUUGCAUUUAAAGAACUUCCUUUUUAAAAAAAAUAAUUCUGGAAUAACCCAUAGAUUUUUUUGUGUGUGCAAUUCCUUUAAAGAUGGAAGUGUAACAGGCUCUUGAACAAUAAGGCCAUUUAUACAUAGACUGUUAGCACUGACACAGAGUGUGGUUCAGGUUUAACUUGAAUUUUGUAGGAUGCAAAUUAACAGGUUUCCUAUGAAUAUUAAUUGCUAAAUAAUUUAAUACCGUUAUCUCUCAGUUUUAUUUUUGUGUGCUCUUUAUCUUGCUGUCGAUCCACUAGUGGGUUCUAUUUAAAAGUCAGAGAAGAGGCAGGCAAUACUAAUUGUUUUUUUUUCAAAUUCAGUAUGUAUCUUGAAAGAAAUACUGUAAAAUGCUUAGAGUUGGGAAACAGUUUAUGCACUUGGAUCUAACCGCUGUGUGUCCCUUUUUUUUUAAAUACAUAUAGAGCAUGUUAAAAGUCCGAAAGCUGUUAAGUUUUUUUUCCUCUUCCUUCCUUUCUUCUGUGAUGUUUUGAAAAACGGGUAACACAUCACCAGAUGUUUGCCAGAUGGCAUUGUGUAGAUAGUCUACCAGAAUAUGAAGAGAAAUGAAAAUAAUCAUUAUGUACAACCAGACAGAAACAACCUCCUAAUCUUCUAAAUAGUCAAGCUGCUGAAGCAAUCGAUCAUUUUACUGUUAAUUUAACUAAAACUGGAUUGAUCUUUUGGAGACAAGAGAAAGAAAAAAUUACAAUGUAGCAAAAAGAAAAUUCUAGCCUUUGUAAUAUAUAUAUUGCACACUGGGAUAAGAAGCCAUCUCUAGAUCACAUGGAUUUGUGUAAUUUUUUUCUCUGUGGGGAGAACUUGAUCCACAUACGGUGUACAUGGCUCUCUAUACAUGGAGACAACUCAACUUUUUUUAAAUGCUUUGGAAAAGACGUUCUCCAAUACUUGAAUAUUGACCCCCCUCAGCACCUAUGUUAUUGAUAACUGAAUAUUUUUCCACUUGAAUCUAGUGCUGUUAGAAAUUUAAUAUAUGUGUUUUAUUUAUUUGAUUGGUUUUGCAUGACUGAUGCAAGGGUUUGAGAUUUUCACUCAAUAAAAACUGGAAAAAAA